UAACGAACGCCUAAUGGCGCACUUGAGACACUGUGCCACUGUGUGCCACCAAAGGGGCGUGGCACGGGCAUAGGGUUAGGCCAAAACGGAUAAUGAGAAUGGAUCUGUCCGGGCAAGCGGAGGUUGCUCGGUUGGCCUUAAACGGCCAAGCGGGGGACGGGAACAGUACUCGGUAGCAUCCCAUCCCCCAGUCCCCCAGUCACUCUCUCACACUUUCUCUAGUUUUUUGUGCGCUGAAAUGAAAUUGAAAUAUUAAAUAUUUAUCCAAUUCAAGGAAGAAAUCACAUCAUCCGUGUCCGUGCUUCUGAUGUGUCGCGGAAAAGCCUAAUGCAUAUAUGAAAUGAUCAACCGAAGGGCAAUUUAUCAGCAUCCCAGAAGUGUGCUCAGAAAAGUGUAAAAAAAAGAUACAAGAUACGACAAGCGAAACAAAGGAAAAACGCCAACCCAACUAACAACCCGACAACAGCAAUAACAAUUUGUCAAGCACACACACAACAUACACACACCCAUACAUGCAGGCACACACACACACACACACACGUGCACGUACACAUAAAACCUAAAAAUAUAUCCCACGCGUUUAAAAACGCCUCAGCCUUUCAGGAUACGGAAUUAACGAGAUGGCAGCCAAGCCAAUGGAGAUGCACCUGGAGCUGGACCUCAUGGAGAAUCAUGUCAAAUGAACAUAUGCCUGUGCAGUUUUCCAUCGAUUUUCGUCUUGCGCCACAACGGACUGGGGAUGAAACACCAAACACAUAAAACGGAUUUGAUAUUAAAAAAAUAUGCAGAAACAAGAAAAAAGGCGCGAGCUGCGCCUAAAGCGAUUCUGGCGCUCGCCGAAAACAACCUCCUCGGACGACUCCACGGGCUAUGAGAGUCCGACGCGAACGAAACCAGCAGCAGCAAGUGCCAGCAGCAGCGAUGGGCAGCGUUUCAAUCAUCUGCACUACACCAGCCUAUCGCAGGGCUCUGGCACCUCAUCCUCGGCGGGACCGGCGUGUCUCGGUCCAGGGGGUGGUCUGACUGCAUCCACCACUGGGGCAGGGUCAUCCGGGAACAACAAGCCAUCCUGUUCGCUGCCACUGCUCCAGGUGUGGCCCAGCCAGCCGCUCUUGCGCCAGGAGGGCUUCGUACAGUUGCGUCGUAACAGCGGCCCCGAGGGCCAGCGGGACUCACCGCGCGGCGAGGCCGAUGGCCAAUCCUUCAUAUUCCCCGCCAUCGUGGAGACGAAUGUCAGCAGCAGCCUCCUGGCCGGAGGGAGCAGCAGCAACCUCAAUCUGAAUGCCCGGCGCAGCCAGAAUCAUCUGACCCUCAGCACGGAUCGGCGCAGCUCGCUAUACUGUGAUACCCUGCACGCCGGCGACUCGGGCAUCGACUCGGUGCAGGCAUCGCCUUCGCCCAACGCCUUCAUCGCCCCGCCGGGUGUGCUGAGCCUCCCCAUGGGUCGGACGGGUGGUGGAUCGUGCCACGUAUCGCCCACAAGUACGCCUACACAGGGCUCCCCGAACCUGUCGCUGGGCCGGCGAGGCAUCAGGAACAGCAUCUGUGUGGUGCCCAGCGGCGAUGGUGGAAGGCGCAAGUCUAGUGCCUUGCUCCACCCGGAUCAUGCCAGGCUGUUCGCGUUGAGGAUGAAGCAUGCGGCGGCUCUGGAACGGGCGCAGACAUCGCCAGACCAAACCUCCAUCGAGGAUGCCAAUGAGUUCCAUGACAACGGACUGGCCACCAAUCUGCGGCUGUGCUCGGCCGCGUCAUCGACGACGUCGUCGCUAACAUCCGUGGCAGCGGUCAGCCUGGGCGGAUCCGGCGGUGGCGCUGCCGGUGGUGGUGGCUGUGUGGUCGGGCUGGGCAUUGGCAGCAGCGGCCUGGCCACCAGCAGCGGCAGCGGUGGCGCCUGCUCCUCCGGCUCCGCCUAUGCUGUGGGCGCGGCGGGCGUCCAGCAGCGCGUCUCCGAUCCGUGGCUGCAGCCACAAUCGGAUCGGGAGCGAGACUCCCGGCAUGAUGGCCGUCGACGUUCCUCAACGAUGACCGCCCGCUACUCCCUCUUCGAUGCCCUCGACCUGGAGUACGUCCUACUGAGGGCCGCAGCCAGGGGUUCGGUGGGUCCGUACAGCCUCAGCGAGUCCAUACACAAGCUGACCUUCACCCAAUCCCUGGCGUUUCCCGCUCUGGCCCGUGGCCUGGCCACCAAGCGUCGCCGAUCGGCGACGCACACGAGCUCCAGGCCCCUGAAUCCGCACGAGUCCGGGCUGAACACCUGCGCCAAGGUGGUCACUGCCGUGGUGCUGGUGGCGCUCUCCUUCAUGGUAUUCUUGAUAGUGUACAAGUUUGUGCGGACGUGAGGUUUGCUCCUGGCCCCGUCGCCAGAGUUGCCAGUCACAUAUCAGGCCAACUACGGACUGGAUGAUUCCUCAUCAUCCAUCAUCUCAUCAGCUGGCCGCAGUCUGGGCAAACACAUGUCGGGGUUCAGGAGCAAAUUAGGUCUGCGGGAGGCCGACUUUGAGUGAUCCCUUCUGAAAGGGAAAGCAGUAGAGAACGCGUAGGCAGACGUAUGUAGAUGUAGGUGCAGAUGCAGGUGCAGGUGCAGAAAAAGUGCGUAUUGAAAAUUUUUGUGAUAAACUAUCAAUGAAAAGCAAAUUUUCCACAAAAGAAGAAUUCAAAACAAAACCAAUAACGAAAACAAAACUAAGCAAAUGGAUAGAUAACAAAUUAAAGGCUUAAACAAUUAGUAAACCGCUUCAAGAGGCUUGCCAGAGUUUCAUAUAAAAAUAAUACAAAAUAAUAUUUUUUUAUAUAUAUAAAAAUCAAAUCGCAGCUCGCAUUUCCUAGGCUCCUACUUAGCAAAAAGAUUUUAUAAUAGAACUCUAUAGACUCCUCCUCCCCUCCCACAAAGAAGACAAGGGGGCAAGGAAACAGAAACAGAAACGGAAACCAUUUCACUGUUUGCAGUUACAGUUACAGUUACAGUUACAGUUACAGCUGAGAAGUGCCUAACUUUUUGAACUUCUGGCUAUUUUUCUUCCCGUAAAAUCGAAUUUAUCAAUCAAUCGGCAGCUGCUUUGAAGGGAAAGGACUCCCUCUAGGGAAGGUACUUUGGUGGAGGGCAUUGGAAGGAUAUGUGAUGAUGGAUUUUGAGUUAUUUGUGCGCAAUCGGUAAGAUUUUCAUCAGAACUUUGGUUAUAAAAUAAAACAUAUUCCUGCUAAAACCUCCCCAACAUUUUAAUGUAAUUUCUAUUAGUUCAACACUUCAUUUUGAUCUCUGAUAUUUAUAUUUAUUUCCUGAAACCUUUUCCGCCCAUCAACAUUCCUUGCCAGCCUCCAAGAACACCAUGUUAACAACAUUUUAGUGCUGAAUAAUUGGCUUUAGCCCUUAAGCAACAGGAAACCCCUUGCUUGGAAGAGAUCAAUGGAGAUCAAUGUAACCUACCAGUAAAUAAUGUACUGUACUGUACUGACCUGUUAGAUGGCUGAUUGCAGGGCAGACAGACGAUAUAUGGAAAUCCAGGCAUAUUUAAACAACAUAUUUACGGUAGCUAUAUAUACAUACAUAUGUACUAUAGUUAUACAAGCAAAAUAUAAGUAUAUAUACGAGUCUAUAUGUAGGUACUACGAGCAUAGUAUUGUAUGUACAUAUGUAUGUGGGUGUUUAUAAACGUAUAUAUUUAAGCGGCUUAAAUGUGAAAAAGCACUUGCUGAAAUACCAAUACAAAAGAAAACUAUCUAACUCUACUCUUGACUCGCUGCCUUACUUUCCUCUAGUGAAAAUAGUCGAAACGAAACUAAACGAUAAAUACCAACAUAUGUACGUGUAAACGAAAGCGAAAACCCAAUUAACAAAUUCUUCAUAAAUUGCUGCCUUACUUUCCUACACAUUUGAAUAAAAAUCCUCGAAGAAGGAUACAACUUGGACUCUUGGACUCGUCAGAGCGUUUUUCCAAUUUCCUCUACGAUUCUAUGAGCUUGAACCCAAUAGAUUAUGCAGAACAAAAUCAAUUUUAUAUAUCUAU